GAGAGAGAGAGAGAGAGAGAGAGAGACUGGUCACAUUUCUCAGGCACCUGAAAACGUGCUGGUUAUUUUAGGACGCGUGUUGCUUAAUGAUGAGUAGGAAGUGUUUAAACUACUUCCACUCUGGUCAUGUUUUGAUGGUGACUGUACAUGGCAAGAAGCUGAAAGCUCCGGGACCUCUGUAAUUUAGAGGACCCCUAUACAGUAAUAUCUUACCACAGCCUGGCAACAUAAGGUGUGCAGACGGAGAACCGAGCUGCCCUGUGAAUCUAUUCACCUUGGAAAUUAUCUGGAUCACUAAGACAUCCGAUCUAAUUUCUUUCUUGUUUCUUUGUUUUUCAAUUCUAAUAUUUUGUCUUUGCCGACCGGGUUUUCUCAAGACUCCCAAUGCCCUGUGCGCGUUCCUGUUGGUCGAAGCUUUGGGAUACACUCUCUAUGCCUUGGCAGUUCAUGACUCUUUCACCUAUACCAACGAAAUUCCUCAGUGGCAAGUAGAGAUUGUCAGUCCGACUUUAAACGCCAACAGUUCUAUAGCACGGAACAACAGAAGACCAUCACAUCGACUGGAAAACAUGGAAAACAGCCCUGGUGGUGGUGUUAUCUUGUAUGCCGGCUCAUCUGGCAGUGCCAGCCCAAGCCCUGGCAGCCCUUCAAGUGGAUACCAGACCCAGUCGCCCUCCUCCCACUCACAGCCUUCAUCCCCUGAGGGUGUCUCCUUCCAGGAGAUUGGGGUCCUGAAGCAGAGAAAGGAACAAGGGGGAGGAACUCCUUCCCCAAAAAUGGUCUUCCAGUUUCCUGAAGUAAACAAUGAUAAAGUCGCCCAAGUUACAACAGUAUCAUCGGCAAACUACAAUCAUCCCACGGUGGCCAAAAGAUCUUGUGGCUUCACUGGCACAUUCACCAAGACUGGAGGUAUGGUGCUUCUGUGUAAGGUGUGUGGGGACAUCGCAUCUGGGUUUCAUUAUGGUGUGCACGCCUGCGAGGGCUGCAAGGGCUUCUUCAGACGCAGCAUUCAGCAGAACAUUCACUACAAGAUGUGUGUAAAGAAUGAAAACUGUCUCAUCAUGCGCAUGAACCGAAACCGGUGCCAGCAUUGCCGCUUUAAGAAGUGUCUCUCCGUGGGCAUGUCUAGAGAUGCUGUGCGUUUUGGCCGUAUUCCCAAGCGGGAGAAGCAGAGGCUACUGGAUGAGAUGCAGAGUUAUAUGAACAGUCUCAACGACUCAGCUUCCAUAGAGAUGGAGGUGUCACCUCCUCCUGAUGGCCCAUGUAGCCCACAGAACCAGACGAAUGAAGUUUCCAUAUCGCAGUCUUACCGCAGCUUAAUGAACGGUGAUGAGAAGCCACUUAAGAUGGCUGCUGGCAACAACAACGUCGGCACUUCCUCUCUCCAGAGCAACUCAGUAAAGGAACCCACCUUGCCUAGCACAAGAACCCAAACACCGAACACAGUUCAGGGUGAGCAGGAAAACCUGACAUCAAGCUACGGCAUCCCUACGAACUGCCCUGUUGCUCCCAGUAACAACGAAAACUUCACUAACAUUAACAUUGACAACACCAAGUACAGCUUCUCCGCUGGUGCCCAGUGCCCCAUCAGUGGGAGCCUAUCGUCUCAGUCCUAUCCAGCCAGUCAGAACAGCGACACCCAGAACCAAAACCCCUGCCCCUGGAAGCUAAAUGGAGGCACCAAAGUUCUGGCAUGUCCACUCAACUCAUGUCCUGUGGCUCCAGCCAGUCAUUCCAGUCAGAAGGUGUGGGAGUCGUUCUCCCACUGCUUCACCCCUGCUGUUAAGGAAGUAGUGGAGUUUGCAAAGAGCAUCCCAGGCUUCCAGACUCUUAGCCAGCAUGAUCAGGUCAUGCUGCUCAAGUCUGGCACUUUCCAGGUUCUGAUGGUGAGAUUCUGCUCAUUGUUUGACCCCAAGGAGAGAACUGUGACCUUCCUGAACAGGCAGACGUACUCAUUGGCAUCACUGAGGGCUCUUGGCAUGGGCUCCUUAUUGGACGCCAUGUUUGACUUCAGUGAGAAGCUAGGGUCUUUGGGUCUGGAGCCAGAUGAGAUGGCUCUUUUUAUGGCUGUCGUGCUCGUGUCAGCCGACCGCUCAGGUAUAGUGGAGGUGGGAGCAGUGGAGCAGCUGCAGGAAAAUCUAAUAAAAGCUCUGCGCUCUCUCAUCACCAGUCGCCGCCCAGAUGAUAGCACACUUUUCCCCAAGUUGCUGCUACGUCUGCCAGACCUGCGCACCCUGAACAACCAACACUCUGACAAACUUUUAGCUUUCCGCAUUGACCCUUGAGUUCAGAUCACUUUCAGCUUACUGUAUCUGCUUUGGGGAACCUGCCUGCUCACCAUACGUGCCAGGUCUGCCACAUAAAGUACACUGGCCUCUGCAUGCUGGAUAGUUGUUGUGGGCAAUAUGGCAAGUUUGAUGCUGUGAGAGAGCAGACUUGAAAAAAUAUCAGUAAAAGAAUGGAGGCACAGCAUGAGGUGGAGGCUCCUGAACUGAAAUUGCUCUCUUCUCCAGUUGCUUCCAGGAAUACUAAAAUAAAUAAAUAGAAAUUUAAAUAUAUACUACAGUAUGUUCUUCCUUGGGUUCUUCAAGUUGACAUCAAAUUACCAAGUCAUCACCUCCCCCUCCUGGAGUUUGUCAGAGACAGUAUUGCUCUGAAGACCAAAAAGAAACAGAGAGCCUGUUGGUCCUCACUAGACUUGUCCUCCUAUCCUAGCUCACAGAGCUAACAAGAAAGUUGCCUAUACUCUUGUCCAGCCGGGGGGGGCCUGUACAAAUACUCAUUAACUUUGAUUUCUUACUCUACAUUCAUGCUACAAGUGUAAAAUGCACUUUCCAUACACUGAGAAACCUCUUAAAUCACUAUAUUAUAUAGCAAUAGAAAUGUCUAACAUACAAUGCCCUGUUAAAAAUGACAUAAGCUAUUUUCAAUACACCAUAUGGGAAAUCUUUAUGAAAAUCACCCAUUUGUGAUUGAGAAAUGCAAACAUUUUUAAGAAAUGAAAGUAAGUUGUAAUGUAUUUGUAUGUGGUAUGGUCAUGGAGAAGUUAUUGGUCAUUUUAGACCAUGUCUGAUGGGUUAUAUGAUAAGGUGUUCUGUUGUAAAUUUUGUAUAUAAUCUUUAUUCUUGGUUCAUAUCCUUGUUAGUUUGCAGAUUCUUAGAUAUGUAAAUGAAGUUAGUAUUGAAAUUACUGUAUGUCUUAUGUAAUAGAUUGCUUUACAGACUGCAUUUGAACCCUGCGCUCUGAGUAUAAACUUUUUAUUUGAAGAUAUAUAAUUGAAAUAAAUGUAUUGUCA